AUGACUGAUGCUUACCGGAAUCCUUGCCAGAAAAUAUCGGUCUUACAACAUGCACCCUCGGCGCACCUUCCAACGAGACCAGGGGACCCAACACCAACAUCAAGAAAUCUUGACCCUCUACAGCACCCAUUUGCACGAGCGCGCGAACGUAUGCGCGCGCUCAACGCCGCGAAGAUGGAGCGAAUUUUCGCAAAGCCGUUCGUAGCCGCUCUGGAGGGCCAUGUAGAUGCAGUAGAAACGAUGGCACGGAAACCGGACAGCUUGGACAUGGUCGCGAGCGGGAGCUGGGACGGAGGACUCAUUCUACAUGACAUAUCAAGACGAACGAAGGUCUUGCACGUCGAGAAUGCGCACAAGGGCAAAGUGACCGGGAUAUGCUUCGCGGAUAGCGAUAGGCUGCUUAGCUGUGGGGUGGACCGGAAUAUCAAGUUGUGGAGCAUACGGCCGUCAGAAGAGGAUAUGGACGAGGAUCGUGCUGGGCCCUCUACGAGUCGGAAACCCCUCAAAGUCUUCCCGGGAAAAUCAGCCUUCAACUCAAUAGACCACCAUCGGUCAGACCCUCUCUUCGCUACUGCAUCAAAUAUGGUGCAGAUCUGGGAUGAAACGAAGAGCGCUGCCAUAUCCAACCUUACGUUCCCGACAUCGACAGAAACGAUCAAUGCAGUGCGCUUCAACCUUUCAGAAUCUUCAGUGCUCGCAAGUAUCGGUUCGGACCGAACCUUCACACUGUACGACAUCCGAACAGGAAAGGCCGAACGUCGAAUAGUCAUGCAGAUGCAGAGCAAUUCGCUCGCCUGGUCACCAACCUUCCCGACCACGAUCCUGCUCGCCUCCGAGGACCACAACCUCUACACCUUCGACAUCCGCGCGCUCAAGACGCCCACGCAGAUCUACAAGGCGCACGUCGCGGCGGUGAUGAGCUGCGACUGGGCGCCGACGGGGACGGAGCUCGUGAGCGGGAGCUGGGACCGCACCGUGCGGGUCUGGCGCGAGGGCGCGGGCACGCAACCGGAGGUCUACCACACGAAGCGCAUGCAGCGCGUCAUGGCGACGCUCUACACCGCGGACGCGCGCUUCGUGCUGUCCGGCUCGGAUGACGGGAACGUGCGCAUAUGGAAGGCGCACGCCUCGGAGAAGCUCGGCGUGGUCACGGCGAGGGAGCGCGCGGCAAUCGAGUACCGGGAGAGCCUCAAGCAGAGGUGGAAGAUGGACAAGGAGGUGGACAGGGUGCAGAGGAGUCGGCACAUACCGAGGCCGGUGUACAAGGCGUCACAGCUCAAGCGGACGAUGCUGGAGGCGCGUCGGGUCAAGGAGGAGCACAGGCGGAAGCACACGCGGGCGGGCGAGACGAAGCCGAAGGCGGCGAGGAAGAAGAUCGUCAUUGCCGAGCAGACGUAG